CUGUCCGUGAGUUGUCUGUGAUAGAUGUUUUUAUUGUUCAAUAUUGACUCUUCUUUCUUUUAUAUAAUGAAUAAUGUAAAAAAUUUCCUAAUAUUCGUCUACCUUAUAAAUUAGAAGCACAACACUCUCUCCUCUUCACAAAUCUCACAUCCUCACUCCUCAGCUCCUCAAAUCAGAAUGAAUCAAUCCGCGCAAAAUUACUUUUCCGUGCAAAAACCUUCAGAGACUUCAUCAGGGCCGUACACAAGUCCGCCACCAAUUGGUUAUCCGACUAGAGAUGCGGUGGUGGGUGAUCCUCCGGCAGCAGCAGUGGAGACAAACUCCAAGGGCGUCAACCCCGAAGGAUGUUGUGCUGCCAUAUGCUGCUGUUGUGUCCUGGAUGCAUGCUUCUGAGACUUCGGAAUUAACGAUUUCAUGCAAAUUAUUGAUGUAAUAAAAGAGUAUUUGAUGCUAGUUAUGUUACCUACUCUCUGUUUGGAAUAUACUCUGUGGAUGGUUGUUACUAUGUUUUAUGUAAGUGAUUAUAUAUAUAUAUAUAUAUAUUCCGUUGAAUUGGGUUGUCGAAUAGAUCCAUCGAUGAUUGAACCAUCAGUCAGUAACGAAAGGAUGUGUUUCAGUUCCUCACGCAUUGAUUAUCAUUGAAGAGUUGUGAAUGGAUUACGGGUUACCC